ACACACAUUCAUAAACCCAUGCCCCAAAACAUUCAUAAUCGUCCCACGGAUCCAUUUACCAUAGCUUAGGUUACAGAAUUGCAAGCCCGCUGACACCGGCUCCCGUGAGUCGCGCUGUCAACAGAGGGAAAUGCAUAACGUUAGAAAUACGCGAAAUAAGUCAGAUUCCGAACGCCGAGCGAGCUAUGUGAUUUGAUCAAACCCUUUAAUACAAGAACCAAAACAAUAACCAGCCAUGAACGCCACCGAGAACACCCCAGCUAAGGCGCACCAGGGAGCCGCUGCAUCAGCAGAGUUACCCGAAGUCAUAGACCACACGGAAUUCUCCGACACCGAGGAACCGGAGUCCGCGGCCAAGGCGGACGAGGAGUAGCCCCGCAGUCAGGAGUAGCCGAAGAACCCCACACCUCCGAUGGGGGCAUAUACGCGGAUAUGGAGCUAGACGCCGACUAGGCAGGGCCAGCGGAUCACGAGGGUCCCCGAGACAGCCCCCCGCUGUUCUCCCACCGACCAUCUAGGUUCCGUCGAAUGAAACUUGUGGUCGCCGCCGCCGUCUAAGCGACGAGCGCGCCCUGCUCCCCGGAGUCCGCGGCCAAGGCGGACGAGGAAGCCGCCCCGAAGUCAGGAGUAGCCGAAGCACCCCACACCUCCGAUGGGGACAUAUACGCGAAUAUGGAGCUAGACGCCGACGAGGCAGGGCCAGCGGACCACGAGGGUCCCCGAGACAGCCCCCCGCUGUGCUCCCGCCGACCAUCUAGGUUCCGUCGAGAGAACCUGUGGUCGCCGCCGCCGUCUAAGCGACGAGCCGCGCUCUGCUCCCCGGUGUCCGCGGCCAAGGCGGACGAGGAAGCCGCCCCGAAGUCAGGAGUAGCCGAAGCACCCCACACCUCCGAUGGGGACAUAUACGCGGAUAUUGAGCUAGACGCCGAAGAGGCAGAGCCAGCGGACCACGAGGGUCCCCGAGACAGCCCCCCGCUGUUCUCCCACCGACCAUCUAGGUUCCGUCGAAAGAAACUUGUGGUCGCCGCCGCCGUCUAAGCGACGAGCGCGCCCUGCUCCCCGGAGUCCGCGGCCAAGGCGGACGAGGAAGCCGCCCCGAAGUCAGGAGUAGCCGAAGCACCCCACACCUCCGAUGGGGACAUAUACGCGAAUAUGGAGCUAGACGCCGACGAGGCAGGGCCAGCGGACCACGAGGGUCCCCGAGACAGCCCCCCGCUGUUCUCCCGCCGACCAUCUAGGUUCCGUCGAGAGAACCUGUGGUCGCCGCCGCCGUCUAAGCGACGAGCCGCGCCCUGCUCCCCGGAGUCCGCGGCCAAGGCGGACGAGGAAGCCGCCCCGAAGUCAGGAGUAGCCGAAGAACCCCACACCUCCGAUGGGGACAUAUACGCGGAUAUGGAGCUAGACGCCCCAAUCCUCCCGAAGAGCAAGCGGCGGCCACGUCGAUGCACGCCGAAGCGCGGCCGGCGACGCCCGCGUCAGAUCUUCCCCCGCGCACCGACAGCCCGGGAGAGCCAGCGGCAGUCGCGCCGACACACGCCGAAGCGCCCCACGCGAAGGCAGCGCAAGGCCCUCCCACUGAAUGGCCCACCUGGACUACAAAAGGUGGAAACGCUCCGGUUCAACAAGCGGAGCUGACCGAACCUGAGGAGGAGUGAGAAACGGGG